AUGGAGCCAUUGGACGAUUCAGAGCCGUUGAUUAUGGUUUUCCCGACCGAUUCGAUUCGUCUCGUGAGCUCGUGGUUCACAGAAAUAAUUCAACGGGGCCGACAGAUGGUUCAAGUCAACGGAGACGAUGACUGGGAGUACGAGGAGAUCGUACUCGAGAGGGGUGGUGCUGGACUUGGCUUCAGCAUCGCCGGGGGCACAGACAAUCCACACUUCGGCAACGACACUGCCAUUUACAUCACGAAACUCAUACCAGGCGGUGCCGCGUCAGCGGACGGUCGUCUACGCGUCAACGACACGAUACUCCAGGUGAACGAGGUUUCCGUUGUCGACGUACCGCACGCUGCGGCCGUCGAUGCGCUCAAACGAGCAGGGAACACCGUUAAACUAUUAAAUUUAUUUCAAACAAGAAUCUGGAAACUGGUACAAAUGGAUCGGGGUAGUAUGAUAUACAACAGUGAAAGAUGGAUACGUACAUUCACAGAUUGUAGGAUAUUGCAGAGGGUUCAACAAACGUACGUUUAAUUUUAACUUUCUUUCUCGUUUACUGAAAUGGGAACAAGAUCGUAGCAUAAAGCAGGUUAAAAAUAAUUCUCGAGUAACGCGCGAGCCUCUCAGAAGCAAAACUGAUCAACGUUGAUUUUAUUAGCAAUGAAAUAGUUUCGUUUACACUGAACGAACGUGUUGCCCCGCACUUUGACAAAAUUCGAGCUCUAAUAUAAUAACUAUGUUUGUAGCAAACAUUCGUAUUACGUUCGACGUUUGUUUGUUGAAAUCGAGCGGACUGAAAUCUCUGUCUGGAAUUCCAGGAAUAAUUUGCCACGUGUGAGUCGAACGCUCGAUCGCCAUAACUUUUGUUGUAGUCGGGAACGAACGUUUAAUGAAGAAGCAUCGUUCGCUCGGUCUUACCGAUAUAAAUUACGACGUAAAUUCUUCGCUCAAGAAACAAGCGAAUUAUCUUUAUUUAACGCAAGGAGCUGUUGCAAACAACAAUGGUAAGCUCUAUAUUUCUAACAUCAUUAUUUUUACGAUAUCCUCCCCAAUUUAUGGAGUUGAUCAAUGGGCGUGGCUUCUGAACGAUUUAUAUACUGCUCGCGAACAAUUAAAGACUCGCCACUAUGAACGAUUUGAUUGUACCAAUAAACGAAGAGUCGAAGAAAUAUUACAGGGUUGAUAGAUCGACGUGUUAUUCGUACAACACUCGGGGAAAGAUAAAGUUUGCUUAAAAGACUGAAGGUUUGCUGUUCUUCUUACUUCGCCUUCGUGUUUCUAUUCCCUCGGGUAUUUUCUUUUUUCUUCUUCUUCUUUGAAACUAUUCUAUUCUAUAUAUAGAAUGCAUAAAGAUUGA